AUGGCCUCGCCUCAUGAUGUGGAAGCUCCCGUAACGGAGAAGAAGGUCGCUGUCGUCUCGGACCAGUCCGAUACCACCAGCGAGGCCAACGGAGAGACCGAUCUCGUAUCCGUGGAAGCCCAGUACACCAAAGAGGAGUUCCACAAGCUCAAGCGCAAGGUCGACAAGUACCUCCUCCCGCUCAUGUGGAUAUGCUACGGCAUCCAGCAGGUCGACAAGACAGCUCUCGGCACCCAGGCCAUCUUCGGCCUGCGCGAAGACACGGGCCUAAAGGGCCAGGAGUAUUCAUGGCUGACGACCAUCUUCUACAUCACUUACAUGUGCUUCGAGUUCCCGAGCAACAUCGUCCUCCAGCGCUACAAGAUGGGCCGCACCCUCUCCGUCUACAUGAUCUGCUGGGGCAUCAUCGUGCUCUGCAUCGGCUUCGCCAAGAACUUCACCCACCUUAUCGUCCUCCGCGCCCUGCAGGGCGCCUUUGAGUGCUGCAUCUCGCCCGGCUUCAUCCUGCUCGUCGGCACCUGGUACAAGACGCGCGAGCACGCCUCGCGCUCCCUCGUCUUUCAGAGCGCCAACGCCGGCUUCGGUGUCAUCGCCCACCUCAUCAUGUACGCCAUCGGCGCCUCGACGCAGCACAAGGAGGGCGCCCAGCCGUGGCGCUACAUCUCAUAUUUCCUCGGUAGUCUUACGACGGCCAUCGGAUGUCUCUGCCUGUUCCUCCUGGGGACCCCUUCGGAGGUGAAGUGGUUGACCAAGGCCGAGAAAGAGAUGGCGAGCGCGCGCAUCAUGUCCAACAACACCGGCCACGACCGCACCGCGAUUAAGGGGUGGAAGUGGAAGCAGGUCCGCGAAUGCCUCAUCGACCCAUGCUUCUGGUUCGCGGGCGUCAACGCCUUCCUCAGCUCCGUGCCCAACGGCGGUCUCACGACCUUCAGCAGUAUCAUCAUGACGUCCUUUGGCUUCACCAACUUACAGACCAUCCUUAUCGACAUCCCCCGCUCCGUCAUGUCCGUCAUCAUCUUCAUCUGCGUUGGGUUCCUCACCAGCAAGCGCGCCAACAUGCGCCUCUGGAUCAUGGCUUGUUCCGUGCUCCCGCCCUUCGCCGGCUUUCUCGGCAUGUCCCUGCUCCCCAACGACCCGGCCAUCAAGUGGACCAAGUGGGGGUGCUACUUCAUCACCGUGCCCUUCGUCCUCGGCCUCUUCCUCGCCUGGACCCUGAUCCCGAGCAAUACGGCCGGCCGCACCAAGCGCACCAUCACGAGCAGCUUCACCUUCGUCGGCUACUGCGUCGGCAACAUGGUCGGCAGCCAGAUCUUCAAGGCCAAGGAUGCGCCCAAGUACACGCCCGGCACGAUCGGCUGCGCCAUCUGCUUCGGGCUGGAGUUUGCUCUGAUCCUGACGUGGCGGUGGGUGCUCGUGAGGCGCAACCGGAAGAGGGACGCCGACAUGGCCGUCGACGGUCUGACGGUCGAGGAGAGGGCCAAGAGGGGCAAGGAGUUUGGCGAGCAGGACUACACCGACUUUGAGAACCCUUACUUUCGAUACACGCUAUAG